AUGGGGUCAGAUGCCCGAAAAGGUGACGACGGCACGAUAAAAGUCGCAUCAAAGAACAAGAGCGGUAAAAUAAAGCUGAAGAAGCCAGCGCCUAGACAUAGCAAACCUGGGAAUUGGAGGGAUGGUAGUGUGAUUGAGGGUGACAAGAAGAAGAAUGGCGCUUCACCUGUAGGCGCACCUUCACCUGGCCCCGUAGUUAACGAACUCGACGAAACAUCCCGUGAAACAUUUGCGACCGGACGACCACUCGAAGAUAGCCCCGAUCUACAACAAUGCAAGCACUGCAGGAAGAGUGUUUUGAAAACUGCCGCCAAAGCGCAUAUCGCCGCAUGCCUCCGCUUGAAGAAAGAGAAGGCACAAAGGAAGAAGGAGGCGCGAGAAGCCCGAGAACGGGCAAAGGAGGCUGCGAGACAAGAAGAACAGCGUAAAGAGGACGAGGAAAACGGGAUUGAGCGAGGCGACGACGAUAGUGACGACGACGGCAUCUCAGCAGAAAAGAAGGUUACUGGAAGCAAAACAGCGAAGAAAGCAGCUGGGAAAAAGCCCGAAGACGACAAGAAGGGAAAGAAGCGGAAGGCCGACGGCGAUCCAGAUAAGGGUCCAAAGAAUAAGAAGAAGAAGGACGAGCCCAAAGCCAAGGUCCCUAAGCCCAAGGGUCCUGUGGAUGUGGAACGUCAAUGUGGUGUUUUGCUGGCGAACGGACAACCAUGUGCGCGAUCUCUGACCUGCAAGAGUCACAGUAUGGGUGCGAAACGUGCAGUUGCUGGAAGAUCUUUGCCAUAUGACAUGCUUCUUGCCGCAUACCAGAAGAAGAACCAAGCGAAACAACAAAAAGCGGCACUUGAUGCCAACGCGCCAAUAGAGGAUGAAGACGAGGCGAACAACGGACCUGUUGACUCGGAUGAGGAAACGGCAGCCGUGAUGAGUGCAUUAUCACAAUGGCGCCCUCAACCAGUAUUGCCACAGCCUACCUUCGCCCCAAUAAAACGGCAGUACCAGCUCGCGAGAUUACACGAACAGCUCCAGAUGGCUACAAAUGGUGGGAGAACAAACAUCUUUGCCGUCAAUGGUUUUGGCGCACAGAAGCUUCCUGAAGGCCAUCCUGGACUGCAACCAGCUGUGGAAGAUGCGCCAGGGGAGAUAGAUCUCGGCGUGGCAGGUUUUGGCAAUGCAGCACGGACAACAGCCACUUUCACAUCUCAAAGGCAGCCAUCCGUCUCAAGCAGAGCAUAG